GAAAAAAAGACCGCAGCGAUUUUUGUUUUUUAAAAAAAUACCCUUUCGCUUCCUCCCUUGCUUCUCUUUGCUUCCUCAACCGGCCGAAAAUGCCUCGCGGAGAUCGGGAGAGCGACUGGGUGAGUGAGAGGGAAAAAGAGCAGUUCCGCAAACUAUUCAUUGGUGGCUUAAGCUUCGAAACAACAGAAGAAAGUUUGAGAAACUACUAUGAGCAAUGGGGAAAGUUAACGGAUUGUGUGGUUAUGAGAGACCCUGCAAGCAAACGUUCACGAGGAUUUGGUUUUGUAACAUUCUCUUCCAUGGCUGAAGUUGAUGCAGCAAUGGCUGCCAGACCUCAUUCCAUUGAUGGAAGAGUAGUUGAGCCGAAAAGAGCUGUAGCCAGAGAGGAAUCUGGAAAACCUGGAGCUCAUGUAACUGUGAAAAAAUUGUUUGUUGGUGGAAUUAAAGAAGAUACUGAGGAACAUCACCUUAGGGACUACUUCUCGGAAUAUGGAAAAAUCGACACAAUUGAAAUAAUUACAGACAGACAAUCUGGUAAAAAGAGGGGCUUUGGAUUUGUAACUUUUGAUGACCAUGAUCCAGUGGAUAAAAUUGUAUUGCAGAAAUACCAUACUAUUAAUGGUCAUAAUGCAGAAGUAAGAAAAGCUUUAUCUAGACAAGAAAUGCAAGAGGUUCAGAGCUCAAGGAGUGGACGAGGAGGUAACUUUGGCUUUGGAGACUCGCGUGGAGGUGGUGGAAACUUUGGACCUGGACCUGGAAGUAACUUCAGAGGUGGAUCUGAUGGCUAUGGAGGUGGUCGUGGAUUUGGUGAUGGAUAUAAUGGAUAUGGCGGGGGACCAGGAGGUGGCAAUUUUGGAGGCAGUCCUGGUUAUGGCGGAGGAAGAGGAGGAUAUGGUGGUGGAGGACCUGGAUAUGGCAACCAGGGUGGGGGCUAUGGAGGCGGCUAUGACAACUACGGAGGAGGCAAUUAUGGAGGAGGAAAUUACAAUGAUUUUGGAAACUACAACCAACAGCCUUCAAACUAUGGUCCAAUGAAGAGUGGAAAUUUUGGUGGAAGCAGGAACAUGGGAGGACCAUAUGGUGGAGGAAACUAUGGUCCUGGAGGAAGUGGAGGAAGUGGGGGAUAUGGAGGGCGGAGCCGUUACUGAUCUUCUGUAAGCUUUUCAUGGGCUUCACUGUAUAAAUAGGAGAGGAUGAGCCCAGAGGUAAAAGAACAGCUUCAGGUUUUCGAAUAACAUUGUUAAGGAAACUUAUCUCAGUCAUGCAUAAAUAUGCAGUGAUAUGGCAGAAGACACCAGAGCAGAUGCAGAGAGCCAUUUUGUGAAUGGAUUGGAUUAUUUAAUAACAUACCUUACUGUGGAGGAAGGAUUGUAAAAAUGCCUUUGAGACAGUUUCUUAGCUUUUUAAUUGUUGUUUCUUUCUAGUGGUCUUUGUAAGAGUGUAGAAGCAUUCCUUUGAUAAUGUUAAAUUUGUAAGUUUCAGGUGACAUGUGAAACCUUUUUUAAAGAAUUUUCUCAAAGUUUUGAAAAGCUAUUAGCCAGGAUCAUGGUGUAAUAAGACAUAACGUUUUCCUUUUAAAAAUUUAAGUGCGUGUGUAGAGUUAAGAAGCUGUUGUACAUUUAUGAUUUAAUAAAAUAAUUCUAAAGGAAA